AUUUGUCUCUGUCUGUCAAUUCUAUCUGGCUAUGGUCGCCACUGGAUAUGGUCUCAACAAUAAAAACCAACAAAACAAUGGAGAAGAAGAACAUAACCUAACAAAAUAAUUUCUUUUAGUCAACAAAAGUGACAGAAGGUGGGUUAUCAAUUUUUAUUUUUGAAAAUCUUCAAACAUCUUUCUCAAAUUAUUUUGGAAAUCAAUCACGAUGUAUUGAAAAAAUUUCUCGAUUUAUUUUCAAUUGAUUGUAACUCAUAUUUUCUGUAUCUGUACCAUUCUAACCUUAAACCUCUACGUUUUAUUUCAGACUUGUUCCUGCUGUCCUAGAUUGUCACUGAAAAUGCCACGAGAACUCACAGAAAUCAAAGAAUUCCUUCUCACAGCAAGGAGGAAGGAUGCAAAAUCUGUUAAAAUAAAGAAGAACUCUGAAAACACCAAAUUCAAGGUCCGCUGCUCAAGGUUUCUGUAUACACUUGUAAUAACAGACAAGGAGAAGGCAGAAAAACUCAAACAAUCAUUACCUCCAGGUUUUUGUUUCAGGUCUUCAAGUCAAAGAAGUGAAGUAGACUUAGAAUGAUUUUAUUUUGUAACAUAAAAAUAUAUCCAUAAAAUAAGGUAUGUUUCUUUUUAUUUCUUGAAAUAUAUCUGAGGAUCUAAUAAUUAAGAAAAAUAUAUAUACUGGACAAUUAUCAAAGUUGAAAUCAAU